AUGAUGAAGGAUCAAGAUCAUAUUAUUAUUAUUGAGUUCCUCCAAGCUUUCAGCUGCUUCAUCUUCGAUGUCAAAGAUAUUGGCUAUGGUUGCAUGAUGACGGUAGAAGAGUUGGUGACGGUGAUUGGAUCGGCGCUGGAUCAUAAUGAAGAUCAGGAGGAGGAGGUUCUGGAAGAAAACGACAUCAUAGAGUUUGCCGAAUUCCUCCACUUCCUCCUGGCCGGUCAAACCAAGGUACAAGAAGAUGAUGAUGAGUUGAAGGAAGCUUUCAAGGUAUUUGACAAAGAUGAAGACGGCUUCAUUUCUGCAAAUGAGCUGAGGCACGUGAUGAUGAAUUUUGGAGAGAAAUUGACAGAUGAAGAGGUGCAACACAUGAUUAAAGAGGCUGAUCUCGAUGGCGACGGUAAAGUCAACUUUCACGAAUUCAUCAACAUCAUCACCACCACCAUUCCUCCACAUGAUCAAUUUUAA